UCUACCAGUGGCGCCUUUCCCACGUUUUUCUCCAGAGGAAGAAAAGCCGCUGGCUCGGACUCACCCCGCCGGGAUUUACCGCCAGCUGGAGGUCAUAAAGCCCGUCCGGACCGCCGCAGGACUUUCGCAGUAGUUCUGGAAAGUUCAUACUUCAUGGUUGUACGGGCGGACGAACUCGGUGUUGGGCUCCGGAUCCUGCCAACCGGACCGUCUCGUACAGCGCAGAAGUCCCAGUAAGUUGAUGCAGUCGAACGUGAUGGGUUCCCAGCGCUGCCUCCUGCUUCCGUGCGUCCUGGUGCUGCUGCUGGUUCAGGUCCAGUCCAGACCAGCCACAGAAGACACGGACACAGAUGCAGCAAAGUCUUCUGAAGACGAAGAAGAUGACGAGUCAUCCUCAGAGGAAAAUAAACUGUCCAACGAAAUGUCAACAAGCAACGAAAAGCUCCAACCGCUGGCACCGCAGUGGGUGAUGCCAGAGAAGAUGGAAAAGCAGCUCCAUGCUGUGCCUGCCAGCAGGACUGUCAAGUUCCGCUGUCUAGCAACCGGGAACCCGCUACCCAGCCUGCGCUGGUACAAGAACGGGAAGGAGUUCAGGAAAGACCAGCGAAUUGGAGGGUUCAAGUUCAGAGAACACAUGGGGACGCUCAUAAUGGAGUCCGUGGUUCCUUCUGAUAGAGGGAACUACACCUGUGUGGUGGAGAAUGUACAUGGCAGCCUGAAACACACCUUCCUUCUGGACGUAAUCGAGCGUUCUCCUCACAGACCCAUACUGCAGGCGGGCCUGCCGGCCAAUCAGACAGCUGUUGUUGGAACCGAUGUGGAGUUUGUGUGCAAAGUGUUCAGUGACCCGCAGCCUCACAUCCAGUGGUUCAAACACAUAACCGUCAACGGCAGCAAACAGGGAGCAGACGGACACCCAUUCGUCAUGGUUCUCAAGGCUGCAGGUUUGAACACCACAGAAAAAGACAUGGAGGUUUUGUCUCUGAAGAAUGUCUCCCUGGAUGAUGCUGGAGAGUACACCUGCCUGGCGGAGAACUCCAUCGGAGUGUCUUACCACUCGGCGUGGCUCACUGUGGUCGAUGAGUUAUUGCCCUCACCGGUGCCCUCGCAGACAUACUUGGAGAUUUUCAUCUACUGCCUGGGGUUUUUCGUCAUCAUCAUUCUGACGGUCUCCGCAGUCAUGUGUAGGCUCUGCUGCGCCCAGAAGAAAAGGGACUUUAACAGCCAGCUGGCAGUGCAGAAGUUAGCCAAGAGCAUUCCUCUGAGGAGACAGGUUUCAGUUGAAUCCUCGACCUCCCAGCAGUCAGGGAUGUGUUUGAUGCAUCAGUCGCGUCUCUCCAGUGCUGCCACCACCAUCCUGGCUGGAGUGUCGGAGUACGAACUUCCAUACGAUCCUGGAUGGGAGCUGCCACGUGAACGGCUUACCCUGGGGAAGCCUUUGGGAGAGGGCUGCUUUGGUCAGGUGGUGCUGGCUGAGGCUAUCGGGGUCGACAAGAACAAACCCACACGUCUAACCAAAGUGGCUGUAAAGAUGCUCAAAGCGGAUGCCACAGAGAAGGACUUGUCUGACCUGAUCUCUGAAAUGGAGAUGAUGAAGAUGAUAGGGAAACACAAAAACAUCAUUAACCUCCUGGGCGCCUGCACUCAGGGCGGCCCUCUGUAUGUGGUGGUGGAGUACGCGUCUCAGGGGAAUCUGAGGGAGUAUCUGCGCGCUCGUCGGCCUGCCGGGCUGGAGUACUGGAGCGGCCUGCGGCAGGCUAGUCUGGGCAGUCUGGAGAUCAGGGAGCUGGUGUCUGCUGCUUACCAAGUGGCUCGAGGAAUGUCUUACCUUGCUUCAAAAAAGUGUAUUCACAGAGACUUAGCCGCCAGGAAUGUGCUGGUCACUGAGGACAAUGUGAUGAAGAUUGCCGACUUCGGCCUGGCUCGAGACAUCCAUCACAUUGACUACUACAAGAAGACCACUAAUGGCCGGUUACCCGUGAAGUGGAUGGCUCCUGAAGCGUUGUUCGAUCGGAUAUACACACACCAAAGUGAUGUGUGGUCCUUUGGCGUCCUGCUGUGGGAGAUUUUUACCCUGGGAGGCUCGCCUUACCCCGGCGUCCCCGUGGAGGAGCUCUUUAAGCUGCUGAAGGAGGGACACCGCAUGGAAAAACCCUCCGCAUGCACUCAGGAGCUGUAUCUGAUGAUGAGGGAAUGCUGGCAUGCUGUUCCAGCACGAAGGCCAACCUUCCAGCAGCUUGUAGAAGACUUGGAUCGAACGCUUUCCAACAUGGCCAACCAGGAGUACCUGGACCUGGCCGUCCCUCUGGUCCAGUACACGUCGGUCUGUGGCUCUGCCUAGGCUCACCGUACCUCGACGGCGUCGUCCUGGGAACGUUUGCUUCCUGUUUCCUGUGCAGCCUGGUCCAGCCUCAGAUAAGGCCGCCGGGCAGAGUGACCGACGGCGCUCAGACGAACCGUUUCACUGCUGUGUGAUGUAAAGACCAGCUGGACUGAACUGGACUCCCUCAGACAGGAAACGCAGCGUCUUGCUUGGACAGAAGGAGACGAACCUCAGACACUGAAGGAGGACAUUUGUCCCGUGUGUCUAUAAUAAUGUACUUUAUGUGAAUAUUGUACACAUUAGUCUGUUUCAUGUUGAGUAUCUGUCUGGUUGUGUUACAGUGACAUGAAUGGAAUGGAUAGAAAAGUGGACAGCAACAUGUUUUUGAUAAAUUUGUGUAGUUAUUAUUCUUUAUUUGUACAGUUGGAUUCCUGCUCCUCAGCAGAAUAACUUAUCACGCAUAAAAUACUCUCCAAAACAUACUUUUUGAUAUAUUCUGUUUGUUUUUCUGUAAAAAACAAAACAAAAACAAAAUAAUACAUAUUGCACUUAUUCUCUAUGGGCUGCUACUGUUAAACAAUGAGCUCUAAGUUGGAUGUAAAAUAACUAAAGAACAGUAUUAAAAACGAUAUUAAAAAGAUGUCAAAUCAAA